GACUCCCCCUCUUCUCAUCCCCUUCCCUCGCCGCUCAAACCCCUAACAAAUCCACGCCCCCAAAAUGACUACCCGCUUCAAGAAGAAUCGCAAGAAGCGUGGCCACGUGAGCGCCGGCCAUGGCCGUAUCGGCAAACACAGGAAGCAUCCCGGUGGUCGCGGUAAUGCCGGAGGGAUGCACCACCACAGAAUACUCUUCGACAAGUACCAUCCUGGGUAUUUCGGCAAAGUAGGUAUGCGAUACUUUCACAAGCUUCGCAACAAGUUCUACUGCCCCAUUGUCAACAUCGACAAGCUCUGGUCCAUGAUUCCUCAAGAGGUGAAGGACAAGACUUCCAAGGAUAAUGUGCCUUUGGUCGAUGUUACCCAGUUUGGAUACUUUAAAGUUUUGGGGAAGGGGGCUUUGCCUGAGAACAAGCCAAUAGUGGUGAAGGCAAAGCUUGUUUCGAAGAUUGCUGAAAAGAAGAUCAAGGAGGCUGGUGGAGCUGUCGUUCUCACUGCCUAGGUCAGGCUUUGUUUAAAGUUUUGCCAUAAUGAUGUUUUGCAAUUGUUUUAAAAGGUUAUUUUUUGUUAUGUUGUCUGGAUAUUUAGAGGUUAAUGUUGGAAUGACUCUGUACCAUUGAUGAUUAUAUAUGCUAUUUAUGCUUUAGAACU